AUGGCGGACGAUCUCAGCUGGCAACUGCCAGCGGAUACUUUUUCCGAUGCUGGAGCCGAUUUCAUAUCGGCAAAUGAUUUAGAAAAUGUCUCAUUGAAUGAUGUUGAAGAUAUGGUGAAUUACAUGUUUCCUGAUGGAUCUGUGGAUGGUGACCCCUUUGAUGCACAAUUCCCAUUGUCUGGAAGUUUAAAUGAUACAGAUUUGCUGGAAUCUUCAACAAAUCCUAUUUUGAUGGACACAAGUAUUAAACAAGAACCUGCUCUUGAAAACAACUUUAGUGUGAAACAAGAACUAUCUUUGGACGAACAGCUUUCUAUUGUAUCACAAACAAUAUCGGCCGAUACAAGUUUGUCCCCAUCAUUAACUGAAGCACCAAAUGUGAGUUUAAGCACAUUGCAGACAGGAAUUCUCGCUAGUCAGCCUGUUAAUAAACCUCCAGUUGUUAACAUAUCUCACCCAAGUAGUGUGCAAUUGCAACAGGCUGCUCUUAAGAUUCGACAAGCACAAUUGGUUGCUCAGAAAAAACAGCAAUUAAUACUUCAGAUUCAGCAGAAGCAACAAAAACAACAGCAAGCUCAGUUGUUGCAGCAACAGCUGAAAUUGAUUUUACAGCAGGCUGCACAAGCAACUGCUGCACAGCAACAACAUGUGCAGGUACAGCCACAGGUAGUGGCACAGCCUCAGGUCCAACGAGUGGCUCAGACAUUAGCACAAACACCAGCGUCUACUCCUCAGUUACCUGUAUCUUCUCAAAACACCAAUGUUGGCAUCAACCAAUUCAAUCUUCAUCAGCUUCAGCAGUUGCUUCUUCAAGCACAGCCAAAGACUACCAGCAAUGCUACUGUAAAUACCGUUAGUGUUUCCCAGCCAAUCACUGUUAGUCCUGCUAGUGUUCCCCAACAGACUGUGUCUCCACCCCCUAACUAUGUAACCAUAUCGCAGGCGUCGCCCACUGUGGUGGCUUCUUCCCCUCCUACAACCAUGACCCCACUUCAAACAGUUAUGACCAACACUGGUACCAUCCUUGCCACAACCAGCAUUCCUAUACAGAUGGUACAGGAAAAUGAUAGCUUUGACAAACUGCCCAUCAACCGCAUCAACUCUGUGACGAAGGGUCCAAAGAAAGGGGAGAAGAGAACUUCUCAUAAUGCCAUUGAGAAACGAUACCGACUGAGCAUCAAUGAUAAAAUUAUUGAGCUUAAAGACCUAGUCGCUGGUACUGAUGCAAAGUUGAACAAGUCUGCUAUCCUGAAGAAGGCUAUUGACUACAUCCGAUAUCUUCAAAAUACUAUCCAGAGAUUAAAACAGGAGAACAUGGCACUGAAAAUGGCAUCUCAGAAAUCAACUAGUUACCCUUCAGAUGUUGAAGAAAUAUUGAAGGCAACAACAUCCUGUGUGAUUACUCCUCCUGGAUCAGAGACAGGUUCUCCCACACAUAGUGUCCAAUAUACAAGUGAUAGUGAGGUCUCCUCACCUGCUAGCCCAAGUUAUGAAUCUGAAACUGAAACAGCAAGUUUUGGUAUGACAACAAUCAACUCGAUGCGUGACCAGACACGGAUGGCAAUGUGUAUCUUCAUGUUUGCUGUGCUGGCAUUCAACCCCUUUGGUGCUCUGCUGAGUCCAGGAUCACAGGGUUUGGAUGUUGGAGCUAGCAGCUAUUCAGGAAGGACACUUCAGGGCAUAUCUGAAGGUGGUGCUACUGGGUUCAUGGACUGGAUGUUCCCUACUCUGAUGAUGUGGGUGUUAAAUGGUACCAUUGUUGCUGGAGUGCUUGCAAGGCUGUUCAUAUAUGGGGAGCCUGUAACCAAGAAAAACAGUGAAGCAGCAGUGUCAUUCUGGAGGCACCACAAUCAAGCAGAGAACUAUCUUGGAAGGAAAGAAUAUUCCCGUGCUGUGAACCAGUUCUAUCUAUCACUCUCAGCCUUGGGACGUCCCUUGACCACAACAAGUCUGGACCUAGCCUCAGGGUUACUAUGGAAUAUCAUAAGAAUGGUACUAAAUAGGCUUUACCUUGGGAAAUGGAUUUCAAACCAGAUCAGUAACUUGAGCAGCAACACUGAUGAAGAUGUGAAGACUUCAGCUAGAGAUGCGGCAAUGGUGUAUCACAAGCUCAACCAGAUCCAUCUUACAGGACACAUACCAGGAAGAAACAUGUGGGGCCUAAACCUAGCCCUUUGUGCUAUUAAUAUGGCUGAGGCAGCUGGGAGGAACAUAUCUGUUGCACAGAAGGCUGAGAUAUAUGCUACUGCUGCUGUCCGACUGCAAGCAACACUGCCAUGGAACCUCCUUUUCUUGAGGAGAUACUUUUUGAGGCAAGCCAGGAAAAUCUGUAGUGGCAAUGGGGACCAGAUUCCAGCCAAAUUGCAGUGGUUGUGUCACCCGGAAGGUCAUGUUUUCUUUGUGAAAGGAUCGUGGCAAAUAGGUGGAAAGAGCAGCAUCUUCACGGUGUCAGGAAAUGAAGCUGAUCCUUUGGAACAUGUGACACAAGCCUUUAGAGAAUUUCUGCUGGAGAAGUCACUUUACUCCCUCCUCACACCCGAGCCUCAGAAACAAAGUGGUCCAUCUCAGUCGGCUGAGGUUCUUCUGUUCACUCAGCUACUGUCAGAUUGUGCCACCUUCCAAAAAACAAAAGUUGGCUUGUCAGUUUCAGGUGUUGAUGAGGUAGCGAGAUGGUGGUCAUCUAUUAUCAGUGUGGCGAUGUACUGGUUAUCUGGAGAUGAGGAAAAUGCAGAAAGGUGUUAUUCUCAGUGUGAUGCUUUCCCAAGAGCACUUCAGCAGUCAGAUGAUCCAUUACCAAAAGCUGUACUGGUAGCCUUCAGAGCAAGGAGAAAUCUGCAAGCAAAUGUUCAUGGAGGAAACCAUUGUGUUCGCCAGUGUGACCGUGCUGGGAGAUUGCUUCGUGAUAGUCUCAAGUUCACAUACAUGACGGAAAACGUCAAAAUUGUUUCGCAUCUGCAAUUGUUGGUAUCAGACUGGCUGUUAAUGACUAGGAAAGAGGCUUGGGAAUGUGCUCAGAUGGAAGACAAGUCCACCACAGCCUCACAGACUGAACUCAUUGCAUACCAACAGGAUCUAGCAAGCUUCAGGAAGGUUGCCAAAAACUACAAGUCUGUUAUGUCAAAGGUGUUUUUACAUGAGGCGACCGGUCGCAUGAUGGCUGGUGCAUGUCCAGCACGUACACAGCAACUUUUAGAGAGGUCCAUCAGACGUCGUCAUGUCAGCAAGUCUGACAAAGAAGAGAGUUCAGACAGUGAUGUGCCAGAUAGACAGCAGGCUACAGCCCUCUUGAUGGCAGGCAGGCACCUUCCUGAACCCAUGAUUGCUUCAAAGACAGACCGAGUCCAUCUCAUUUCAGAAGCAAGCAAAAUAUAUGAAGCAAUAGGAGAUAAAAAGUCAGUGCAGAGUUGCAGAAAAGUUAUAAUGCAAUUCGAAGAAAGUAACAUUCCGUCUUCAGUGCCCAUUCAGUGCUAGUACCUGCCCUAAGGCACAUGUUCACAGUGAUAAUGUCUGUAUUUAUAUGUGUAUGACUUUUACAUAAUUGUAUUUGCAAAACUCCUCUUGUUUCAUCAUGAAUUGAUGCAAGAUGAACAAAAGAAAAUGGAAAGCGUGUAAGUUAUGAGAGAAUGAAUGACCUUUUUUGUACAUCAUCGAAAUAAAUAUUGUGAAUUUA